AUGAAUGCGCUGGUGGGCUACGAGAGUAGCGAUGACGACGAAAUCAAACCACAGAAGCCAGCCAAGAUAGCGAAGACUGCGGCGAACGAAACGACCGGAGCAACGACAGUCAACAGUAGCGCCGCCAGUGAAACAUCAAGAUCAGCAGUGGAUGCUGUAACGGCAACCCCACCUCAACCUCAGCCAGACGAUCCUGUCAAGCAAUCGACCCCCGCAGCACAACCACUUCCCGGACCAGCACCAGGACCAGGUACAGCACCCCCCAACGCUACCACCACAAGUUCAGCUCCGGUCACUCCACCUCUAUCACCCUACACGUCUACCCGCACCCGCAUCCGCAACCUCACAAUGCCCGCCCACCCGAACUUCGACAUUCCGCCGUCCCCGCCGCGGCCGACCUCACCUGACUCCCUAGCUGCCCUCUCCGCCACCACGAAGAAGUUCGAGCGCUUCCUCGAGCUCAAGCAGAAAGGCGUACAUUUCAACGCUCGUCUCCAAUCCUCUUCCUCGCUCCGCAACCCGAGUCUGCUACCCAAGCUGAUGGAGUUCGCGGGCGUGAGUCAGGAGGACAGCUAUCGUAGUACGCUGGAUGAGGAGGUAGGAGGAGUUCCGGUAAGAUGGGGCGAGGGGCAUUAUGUUGAGGCAUUGGCGAAGGAGAAUGAGCGGUGGCGGAAGAAGAAGGCGAAGGAGAGGGAGAAGGUGGAGUUUGUGUCGGCGAAGGCUGGUGGGAGCAGUACGGUGGGGACGCCGAAAAGCGGUGGUGGGGGAGAGGGUAAGAGGCGCAGUCGCUUUGAUCAGAAGUAG